AUGGAUCAAAGGAGGAAACGUAGAAGAGGCGUGAGAAACGAUGAAGAAUACAAACGGCAUAAAAUUAAGAAAUCCAGAGUCCACGGAAAAGCAUAUCAAAAUUACAGAGAUAAACCCGUGGAUGCCAGAAAGAUAGGUCAACCUUGCAAAUGUAUAAUGCGAUGUUUUGACAAGAUUAAAGAAUCUGACCGGCAAAAAGUUUUCGCAGAAUUUUACAAAUUGUCUACGAAAAACCUCCAGGAUAUUUACCUUCAAAGUCUGAUACAAGCCCAAUCACCGACGCAAAGAAGAAAAAGGAAGGAGGAUGGAAAAGAUAGAUCUUGGUCUUAUAGACACUACAUCACAAUCAACAAGAACGACAAAAGAAAAGUAUGUCGUGGAGCUUUCGUUAGCAUUUUUGGAAUAACCAGCGAACGACUUCGAAGAUUGAAAAGACUGAAGGUGCAAAACGAGUUGCCCCAAGACAAGCGGGGCACGCACAACAACCGAAAUAAAAUAGAGUCACAUUUUGAUGAUUUGAUCAGAAAACAUUUGCUGUCGUAUCCCAUCAAAGCUGUUAUUCAUUCCAAUGAAAUAUUUAUAGACACAAGUUUGACUAUUAAACAAAUGUACCAGGAGUUCAUGAAUAAAAACAAAAAGAUAAAAAACAUUAAUCGGAUCAAAUAUAGUUAUUUUUAUAAAUAUUAUACAAACAAAAUGGAUCCGAAGAUAUGCAAAGAAAAGCCGCAGUAUGAUAUAUGUUGUGAAUGUGAAGAAUUGGCGUUGGAAAUCAAGCAAACAUUCAUCAAAAGGAAAAGAGAAAAUUUGCAAACGCUAAGGGAUCAACACAACCGUAAAGCUCAAUCUUUCCUCAGCAAAUACAAUACAGUUAAGGAAGAGUUAGAGAAGGAUACAAGCGUUGGAGCUGUUGCUUUUGCAUUUUUGAAGACCAAUUUACAUCUGCCAAAGACUCCAGUUGCUGACUACCUUAAACAAGGACUCAAAGUCCAUUUGUUCCGAAUAUACGACUUGAAAAUGGAUAAAUCGUAUUACUACAUUUACCCCGAAGUAGAAGCACAGGAUGGCCCGAACGAAGUUUGCUCCUUCUUACGGGACUAUUUACAAAACCAUUUGUCCGCAGGCGUUAAAAGGUUAUGCGUAUUUAGUGACGGGCAAAGUUGUAACAAAAACGAAACAAUUAUUAGCAUGUGGUUGAGUCUAACGAAAAAGUUCGAUAAAAUAGAACACUUUUAUCCGAUCACCGGUCACACGAAUUUACCCUGUGACAUUGACUGCAACAACUUACAAAAAGUUUUGGGGAGACAUUUGAGGAUUUUCAGAACGCACAAGUACACGGAACUGAUAGCGAAUGGAAAUAAGAAAUCCGAGGUGAGAGAGGUCCAAAGGUGUGAUAUAUUUGAUUACGAGUCGUGGCAUAAAAAUUAUUUCGUAAACAGAUUCAAUGAGGACAAGUUGGAGGGUGUUUGCCACUUAGUUUUUGAAGCUGGGAGUUUUAAAGCUGGCCGUGAUAUUGAGAAAGAAUUCGAAAUAUCCUUUAAAUAUAUAGGUGACGUAGGUCUGUUAAGUUUGCCUGAAGAAUACGCUUAUGGGGAACCUCUUAGAGUUGAUGAAGAGAAAGUGGACAAUCUCAAAAGAUUAAUCGAAUAUGUUGACGAUAAUAUAAAUUUUUACAGUAAGAUUAUACAAGAUGCCCAAUAGUCCGCGUCAU